AUGGGGAAGAGAUCGCCAUCCUCCGAAGUCGUUGAGAAGGGGUGUGGAAAGGGCCAAAAGUCUCGACAUUCCAUCCCCCCACCCCAUUUGUGCCCCCCACCACCAAAGCCAUGGGUGCCGUGGCUCAUGAGACUUGUUUUUUUCACCAAUGUAGCCAUGUUCGUGUACACGAUGUACGUAAAUAACCGUCCAACCACAGAGGAAAAGUGUAUUCUUCCUUUUUUGAAGAGGUUCUCUUACCAACCCUGGAAAGAAAGCCCUCUCUUUGGCCCUGCCACCCUCACUCUAAAGAAACUAGGAGCCCUUGAAAAGCAACUAAUGGCAGAAUGGGGCAAAGGAUGGCGCCUCUUCUCUUGCAUGUGGCUUCAUGCUGGAGUCGUUCACUUGCUUGCCCAUAUGCUGAGCCUUCUAUUCAUUGGUAUCCGGCUUGAGCAGGAAUUCGGAUUUAUUAGAAUUGGAUUCCUGUAUGUGCUUGCUGGAUUAGGUGGAAGUUUAGGAUCGACUCUACAUCUCAUGAGAACCGCAAGCCCGACAAUAUCAGUUGGUGCAUCUGGAGCACUUUUUGGAUUGCUGGGAGCCAUGCUUUCCGAGCUUUUAAUAAACUGGACAAUCUAUGUGAAAAAGUUUACAGCCCGCCCGAUAGUCAUGGCUGUCAUUGCCGUGAAUUUGGCUGUCGGGUUUAUACCUAAAGUGGACAGUUCAGCUCAUAUAGGAGGAUUGUUCACAGGAUUUUUCCUUGGCUUUAUUAAUCUUGUUCGUCCACUGUAUGGUUAUAUAAGCAGCAAGCACCUGCCAUCAACCUACGAGGGAAAACGUAAAUCUAGGCACAUGUUCUAUCAAUAUGUGCUAGGGAUCACUGCGUUUAUUAUCCUAGUUCUUGGAUACACAUAUGCUUUCGGCAACCUAUACGGUCUUCAGGCAUUGAAAAACGUCUUGUUCUAA